AAGUAUAUGGUAAGAUACUUAGAGUCUGCGCGCAGGCUAGCAAAGUUCAGUUCAAACACUAGAAAAGCCCAAAAUAUGGCUAAACCGGAAGAUAUCUACUGGGGAGGGUAGGUAGAGUAAAACAUCAUGUCUCUUCCAGAAUUAGAAAUAAACUCUUUCCUAAAGAGAACAGCUACUUGUUCUUGCAGAUCAAUAACUGAAACUAAAAGAUGCGAGUCUGCCAUCGGAAAGCAUUCACUAGAAAACUAAGAUUGUGCCAAAAAACUAUAAUGGUGACAGGUUCUGAGUAUUUGGCACAGCCCGGUCGUCUUUCCAUCUAGCAACUUUAGAACCUAUCUACAUGAAAAUAAAAAAUUACCAUGGUGGAGACAAAAGGAAUUGGUAUUCACCCUCAAUUAUUUUAUUUCUGUAUUGUUUUCAACAGGAAUAGGCAUAAGGGCUGGGAGGGCUACAGCCAACAUUGAAUCAGGCAACAUUGUUUGCAUUUCAGGCUCCAUUCGGGCAGUGUUAGUUCAAUGAAGCAAUAAGAUUCGGGCAAGAACCAUACUUAGCCCCCUUAACAUGUUGUACUAUGUCAACAGGCAACACCCAAGUCAACAGGCAAGCGGCUCGCAUUUCCGAUUGGCCUAUUUCGAUGCAUAAUAAAAUAUAUCAUGGUAUAUCAUACUGAGAGCAGCUUUCUAAAUAAAAAGACGACUAACAUGGAGCCUUGGGCUAGAAAGCAAAGCUUUCAACGACCGUACUUCAAUUUAGGACAUGCUUGAAGCCCUACACAGAACAACACAAAUGCAUACUUUGUAACAUUUUAAGAGUUACUUUCUAGAAUGUCUACGGUUGUUUAUUGAGAAGCUGCCCCUCCAUACCUAAAGAUACAGAAAAUCCAGCUUAUCAAAAUUCAGGGCAAAUGUUAAUUGAAAAGGUUAAUGCUCAAUAUUGAAAAGUGAAAGUUUGGAAAUGAGCUCAAGUAGUUUUCGACACUACGGAGGAGAAAGCGAUACCAGUGUGCUUGCGUAAUCACGGCUGGGAUCGGGCAAUGGCAAAGGUCAACGAGGUACCUGCCGCGCGUUAGGACCAAGAAAAUUUAAGUUUGUUUCUAUUCGCUUAUCAAAGUGUGGGUUAGACAAAGAAUUUCCUUUAUAGCAGAGGAUCGAAACCAAUCAAUGUGGACAUUCGGAAAUAGCAUAACGGUAGGUCUUUGUCCACAGUUUCGAGGUUUCAAUGGCCUUUAUUCAAUAGUUCUUUAUGUUCAAUUUGCAACUUUUGCAGGUUGUGUUUAUUUUCUUGAAAGUAAAUUUGGAAACAAAAAGCGUGUCCUGGAGUCGGUUUAGCUAAGAACCUACAUAUUGUUUUUCUUGACCAUUUUUAAACGCUACAAUCUGAACAAAACAAGCAUCUGUCUUAAGGAACUUUGUCAAUGUAGUUUUUACACAAAAGAUUUUCACUAUCGGUUACUAAUGCUCUGUAUAUUUUGCAUUUCAGAAAAUUCGACACAAAUUCUAACGUUAGAAACAAAAACUAUGGUUUCUAGAUGCUCACAUUAAUAAGUGAUUUGAGUGUCAGUUGGGAAAAAGUACAGGUGGAUGCUCAUAAUGAGAAAAGUCCGGUGUCAUUUGCCGAAAAGGAUAAGGCAAUAAACCUUGCAAAGGGGCAGAAGGGUCAGCCUUGGUACAAAAGUAUCACAGUUGAGCCUAUCACAUUCUUUUACGCGUGUGCCAUGAUUCUACACACACCAGUGAUACAGCAAUAUGUUUACAGCCGUGUAGCAAUAAAGCGUGGCCUAUCAGAUGCCAUAUUCCUAUCAGAUUCGAGCAAGUGCGAGCCUGAUGUUAACAUGGUAUCAUUCGCAUACCGGGAAUCGAGAAAUUUUGUUCAAGCUGAGGCUUCUAUGGUACAUCUUGGGAUUGUCUUGUCCGCCAGUGUCCCAUCUAUAAUUAUGGCCCUACUGCUAGGCGCAUGGUCUGACAAAGUCGGUCGGAAAAUAGUGAUGAUACUGCCGAUUAUUGGGGGUCUUGUCGAAGCAACUUUUAUACUCAUAAUAAUGUAUGCAAAUUUACCGGUAUAUGUUUUAUUUGUCGGAAGCUUCAUAAAUGGAAUGUGUGGCUUCUUUACCACAAUGAUAUUAGCAGUGUUCAGCUAUAUGGCAGAUAUAACUGAAGAGUCGAAACGUGCCUUGCGUCUUGGUAUAAUUGAAGCUAUAGCUUUCAUUAGUGGGAUGAUAAGUCAUUUGACCAGCGGCUGGUGGAUAAAACAUUUGGGUUUCAAAUCUCCAUACUGGCUCAUAUUGACAUUGCAUACCCUAAACCUAUUAUACGUUUUAUUUAUACUACCAGAAACUAUCAUAAAACCGGAGAGAAAAUCACUUCAAGACUUAUUCAACAAGUCACAUAUAAAACGAAUUAUCCGCCUAUUCUCAAAAGCAAGUUACGAUAAAAAAUGGCCACUCAUAGGCCUAAUGCUAGCCUCUGCAUUCAUGAUGGUGUCGUCAAUAGGUUUCGGAAGUGUCAUAGUUUUGUACGCCCUGGACACACCAUUCUGCUGCUCGCCAAUCAUGAUUGGAUAUUUUCUUGCCGAGAGCAUGUUCGUGCAAGCAAUUGGAGCAAUGUUUGGGUUCUUUGUCCUUCGCAAAUGCAUCUCAGAAAUGACUCUCACACAGAUCGGGUUCGUAUCAAUCGUAUCAUCGCUGGUAAUGAUGGCAUUCAUCAAAAGAAAGCUGCUGAUGUUCAUUGUGCCAAUAAUUGGAGGAUUUGGCGGGGUUUGCUUGCCGAUCAUAAGAGCCAGAAUGUCUAAACUCGUGGUGGAUGAUGACCAAGGAGCACUCUUCGCUGCUGUCGCGACGGUCGAGACAAUCUGCACACUGCUUGGAGCUGCGGUUUUCAAUUCAUUAUACUCAUUAACAGUGCAGCACUUUGACUUCAAAGGCUUGUGCUUCCUUAUUAUGGCGAUGAUCAUGGUGGUACCAUCAGUGGUUGUUGGGCUGAUAAGCUGGGGAGAGCGACAUAAUCCUUCAAGAAACGCAAAUGCUGACAAGUUACAAGACACGUGACCUUCAUAAACAACUUUUCUCAUUGAUACUUGCGAUACGAACAGUAUACGAACAGCAUUCUUAGCAAAAACAUAAGCAAGUAAAGAAGGAAUUUUGUCCGUCAAUAACUUUGUGUUUUUGGCCAUCUGGAAGAAUUAUGUUCGGAUAUUUCCCAAAAGAUCUGCCACACAAAUGGUAGUAUAGUAUUGGCAGAAGAUGUUUAUUAGUCCGCGAAAAUACAUAAAAAUUCCAAUAAAUACUUAAUCCUUGCAUGAUUCCAUCGACUUUAACGUGUUUUCAUAUACUCUGUGCAAAUUUUUGGAAAAGUAACCAAACUUAUAGUUCUUCAAUGUUCUGAAAAAUUGACACCUAAUCCACAAGGUGUAGAUAUGAGUUUAAAUUGCGCGAAGAAGCUUGCUUUCUCGCAAUAACUGUAACUAUAAAAAUGUAAAAAUUAUUCAUAUUUUUGUGUGUAUGUUCAUAUUUGGAGAAGAAGAAAAUUUACUUUUUUGACGGUACAUUUGAAAAUGUAUAAACCAAUUUCUGAACUGAACCGAUUACUUCCAUUUUUAUGAAUAUCGAUUGUAAAGCUGCUUAGAUGGUUCGACGACGAGACUCUUAUUCGAAGCAUGUAGCCAUUGAAGUCUUUGGCAGAAGUUGGGCUUUCUAGUGAGUGCUACCCGAAUGCAUAACUUUUAGGGCCUGUUCAUACAGGGACAUUUUAUCUCGCCUUUCGGGAUGAGGAGAAAGGCCGAGAUCUAGCCUAUCCCUCAUUCACGCAUAAUUUGUUUUCUGUUCAUAUGGAAAAAUUGUCUUGCCUACCUCGCUCUGCAGCGUUAAUUCGCCUGAAUCUAGUGAGGUUUCAGUAAGUGGGAUUGGAAUUUCUCCAUUUGAACACACUUUCCAGCCUACCUGCACAAACAUGUCUCUACUGUCCAUGCGCAAGCUUGGUUUCCAUUGCGAUCUAAUAUGAUAUCAAGUAAACUUAACUGUUUUUAUUCUCAUAUCUGUUUGCAGCUUGCAUUUUCCUCUCAGCAAAUGAGAAAAAAAAUGCUUCAUAUUAAAACAAGGUGAAAACCAUCUUGCUUACUGCAUUAUCCUCACAGGCGAGAUGAAUUUUUCCCAUACGAAUAGGCCCUCCGUUGUUGUUCUAGAUCUGCAAGACAGAUGAGUUAUUUUCUCGGGGGUAGAGUUCUGUUCCUUAAGAUGGAAGGAGCAAGCAGUUUCAUUUUAUCUCCAAAACUUUGGCUUCUGCCUCACACGUAGCCAGAAACAAAACUUGCACGUAAAUUCAUAAAUAACGGAACGCUUUCAAACAGAGUGAGACAACCUUCAUUUGUCGAAAAGUUUGAAUAUUCACUGAAAAAGCACCCACAUAUGGCUAAAAAUCCUCGUAUUGAUGUAAAACCUUGUUCAAAAAUCAGCCUCAGCUUGCUCUUAAUUGUUCUUAACUUUUGACCAAUUUUGAGGCUGGUGUUCUGUUAAAUUUUCUCUUAUAAAAAAGAAUGUAUCAGGCAAAAAGGAAACAGUUAGCACAUUAACAAGAACCAAACACGUAUUGCUUUUUUAUAAAUUGCCCAAGAGUAAAAAAACGUAGAAGGUUUCCCAGCGAAGAUAGAAUUUCGUUAAUUAGUUUUGAAGAACCGAUAUUGCACAGAAAUGAGAAUAAGAUUGUUAAUUUUCUACUGACCAGACAAAGAAUUGUCAGCCUUGGCUUAAAUUAGAUAAACCACAGAAAACACUUCAGAAAAUAAGAGAACCCAAAAAGGCAAAACAACCAUGUUGUAUAAUGCUUCCAAAAAGGAAACGACUCGUUUUUAACAGGGCUUCACAGUGCGUCACAACAACAAAAAUAAACUGCUAGACAUUCAGAUAGUACUUUCAUCAUCUAUCAGCGCAGACCAAAAGGGAAAUCGCAUUCUCCACAAAGAUGAUUCUAGACGGAAGCAUUUUGCUGCAGUUUUUUGAAAAAGGAAUAAUACUUCCUUGGAAAUAGGAACUAAAAUGCCUUCCUUGGUGAUGAAAAUUCACCCAUUGCAAUGAUUUGGGACAUUCAGGCUUUAGGCUCUACAGCUAAUAUUGUUUAGAGGACAGGGGUACAAUGCUUGCAUGAAACAAUUGGAUAUAUUAGAUUUUUAAAUAAAGUCGUGGCUAUCAGGUUGACUUGUAGGGGUUGCAGAAUU